AUGUCUUACCAAUACAUAGUAGAGGAUGUCUUUAAGUCUACUGAUGAAGUGGUUAACCGAAUCUUCAAUCACAAGCCAUUUCUGGAAGCGGAGAUUCGUACAAUGGUAAAAGACUUUGAAGAGGAGCCUAAGCAUCGGGCAGGCGAUGUAGACCAAAUGCUCGACAGUGCAUAUGAGCGGAUGAAAGAUGUGAAAGACACGCAAAUCGGCUGCGUCCAAGAUUUCUGUGAUAUCAAAUUGCCACCACUAAUUGAUCGAGUAGAGCAGAUAGAGGAACUGAUGAACAGUUUGCUCAAAAUGGAAUUUACCAAGAAAUGUGAACGUAAGGAAAGAUUGGACCAAUUUAUUACAAAAGAAAAUGAAAGUCUUAUUCAGUUUAUGGAGCAAAUGGAUGAACGAAUCAAGGAGAUUGACAGUUCCUAUGAGAAGAAGCGAGAGGAAAUUCAUCAAAAGUACAGUAGCAAAACUGCUAUUGAUUCCACUCAAUAA